CAUACGUAUAUUUUGCACAUAAGAAUAGGAAUAGCUCUCUCUCCUUUCUCAUUCUGAGAAAGACACCAAACAGUUCAAGAAAGCAAUCCAAAUUCCCAAUCUCUUCUGCGAAUUUGGACUUCACAAAUGGCGAGACCCAAUCAAGAAGCAAUCGACACAUUCAUGAGCAUCACCGGUUUGUCCGAACCGGUCGCUGUGCAAAAACUCGAGGAGCAUGGCGGCGAUCUCAAUACGGCUGUUAAUGCACAUUUCAAUGAAGGAGAUAGAAAUAUCAUGCAUGAAGCAUCUGCUCCUGCUGCUCCUGCUCCUCAGAGUGAUAUCAUGGAUAUUGAUGAUCCAAUUCAAGUUGAAUCUAGCAGACCUCCUUUCUCACUUCCAUCUACUGCCAGAGAUAUAAAUCAGUUCUCUCUCCUUGAUCCUAACUUCAGUAGAAGUCUGUUCGAUAGAGUUCCCAAUUUUACAAGUCGUGCACCGGUUGUUUCACAUCCAAGAGAAGUUAGGGAGAUCCCCAUUGAGGUCAAGGAUGGGAAUGAGCGAUCUUCUGGCCUUGCUCCUGCCAUUGAAGAUGUCACGGGAAAUGCACACAUACAUGGCCCAGAAAUCCAGGGGACUGUUAUAAUUGAUGACGACGAUCAGGAAGAUAUUCCCACUUCUCCAACUGCACUUGCUGCUGGACAGAAUGAAAAUGUAAUGGCUGCUAAUUCUUAUGGCUUGGAUUCGAGGCCAAGUGUCCUUGGAAUCGAUGAUUUACCUGACUACAACAAUGAAAUAGAAGAAGAAAUGGUUCGAGCUGCCAUAGAGGCUUCGAAAAGGGAUGCUGGAAAAGAUUAUACAGAUCAACAGUUCGGUGCUCAUAAUGGUUCAAGUGAUCCUGUAGGUUCAAGUGAUCCUGUUCCCGGACAGAGGCGAUCUCACCUAGAUGAUGCUGAACUUGCAGAAGCAGUUUCAUUGUCAUUGAAGACAGCAGAGCAAGAGAAAGCAUUGCGUGAGAUGGGGGGAAAAGUUGGAGCAUCAGAAUCGGAAGCCUAUAAGUCUGCUGAGGUGGGAGAACCGGGAAAAUUAUCACCAUCAAAUGGAAGGUUGGAAGUAGGAAACUCAUCCAUUCAGGCUGAAGCAGAAGAUGUUGAAGAGCAGCCAUUAAUUAGGCACAGGAGUAGACGUAUGUCUUCUGGCUCAGUGGAAUCCGCCAGAGAAAUUGGAGAAGUUGAGGUUAGUCCACCAUCAAGUCCUGGACAGCAAAAUACCGUCAGUCGUCCAUCGCACAUUGGAGAUGACUUUCCUUCCGAUGAGUGGGGAGGUAUAUCGUCAGUGGAACAUGAUGAAGCAGUCAUGCUUGAGGCUGCACUCUUUGGUGGAAUUCCUGAAGGGAGUGGAUAUGGUUUUCCAUAUGCUCCUCAUCAGCUGAUGGAGAAUGGUGUUGAUAGAGCCAUAGGCCCUUACCCCCGGAGGAUGCCUCGCCCCCCAUCACCAACCCUCACAGCCCAGCGCCUGAUACGGGAACAACAGGAUGAUGAGUAUCUUGCAUCACUGCAAGCUGACAGAGAAAAAGAAUUGAAGGCUAUUGAAGAAGCUGAAGCUCGUCGCUUAGAAGAACAAGCAGCUAGAGAAGCUGCUCUCGAGGAAGAAAGGCGAAAGGAGGAAGAGAUACGUAAAAAAUUGGAGGAGGAACAGGAGGUUGAGAGACAACUAGCGGCAAAAGAAGCUUCUCUUCCUCUGGAACCAACAUCGGAUGACGAGAAUGCUGUAACUCUUCUAGUGCGAAUGCCAGAUGGUAGCCGCCGUGGACGCCGAUUUCUUAAAUCUGACAAGCUACAGUCCCUUUUUGAUUUCAUUGAUGUUGGUAGAGUCGUCAAGCCUGGGACGUACAGAUUGGUGAGGCCAUACCCUCGACGUGCUUUUAGUGACGGAGAGAGUGCUCUAACUCUUAAUGAACUAGGCUUGACCAGCAAGCAGGAAGCCUUGUAUCUGGAAUUGAUUUAGCCCAACCCUUGUAAAGUUGAAUUUCUUUCUCAAAAGAUGUAGUUAAAAUGAUACCAUGGGAUGUGGGAUUUUAUGUCGGUUUGGUGAUAUAUUUGAUUGGAAUUUGAUGGCAACAGUGUUGAUCUGACCAGAAGGGUAGACUUACCUUACCACAAUAUAUGUUUUCAUUUGUGUUUUGGUGGCAUGUGGGGAAUGAAUUUGUUUUUUUAUAUGAAGAAUCAGUAAUAGACUAGAUUUUAACU